UUUCUUAAACCUAUCAAUCUAAUAAAAGUAUAAAAGGCGAGGAAUAUCUUCUCCAGCAUUAUUCGUUUGCUAGUCCUUGACAUUGAAGAUCGUCAUGGUCCGGCAUUCUAUUUUGAUAGAAUUAUGUGUUACUUGUUUACUACUUAUUCAAGUGUGGAUACCCAUGGUGGCAUUAAAGAAGACGAAUGUUGACGAAUUCAUGGUGGAAAAUCAAAGGACACAUACGAGACAGAACUACGUCGUACAAAGGGCAAACGAUGAUGUCCCAGAAAGUGACAAUAUCGGUGUAGCAUACGCCACUGAAUUACUAAGCCCACGCACCAACCCUGAAGAAUUACCAGCUUUAAUCGUCGACUACGCUAAUAUGAUACGUAAUGAUAUAAUCUUAUUAGACAAAUCAGUUGAAACGAGAACAAGAAAACGUGGUAAUAUAAAGGUGAAUAAAUAUAAUAGGGGCGUACAUGAAAUACCCUGCAGUUGUGAAGAACGAGGAGAGUUAAGAUACCUCGGUCCCCAGUAUGUGCCCAGUACCAUAGAAAGUAGAAUAUGCAAUAAGGAUCUCUGUUCGUCAGAUUUUGGUUGCCAAAUACGUAUGUACAAUAUUACUGUAUUAAAAAAGAAAGAGCGUUUGGAUGAAGAUUCAUCGGAAGAGUUACCGGACGAAAUCAGAAAACAUUGGGUCGCUGUUAAAAAGCCUAUUACUAUAGCUUGUUUUUGUACAAAUGACUAUCGAGAACGCUACUAAAUAAUACAAUUUUAAACAGAUGAAUAUUUUUGAAAUGUUUGGAACUUGCCAUGAAUAAAUAUCAUUUUUUAAUACUAUUUAAAUACAUUGUGAAGAAUCUUAAUUGUUAUGGACUGUUUCUGUAAUUAAACGAAAUAUAA